GUGUCGACUAUCUGACUAGUUGUUCACAUCCCUACCUAUCAUCUGUGUGAUGAGCUGAGGUCUAGUGGAAAAAUCAUUGGAGAUCCAUCUCUGGUGCUGUAUAGAGAGGUGACUUGCUCAUGUGACAAACUCUAUUUGGAAGUUACUUUCAUGCAGCAAGAACAAUGGGUUUCUCUUCACAAGGGAAAGAUUAAAAAAUGGGUCUAAGAUUUCCUCAAUUUUUGUCUUCACAUCAGCUCAUCACUUCAGAAGUAUCUUGACUAUGAACUGAUCCCAGAAGGACUGAUAACCCAUCCUAACAAAGGAUGUAUUCCAGAGACUUUUAAGAUAGCCGUUUAUUCCAUCUCUACUAAGAGCCUGCACCAAGAACUUUGUAAUUGACUUUUUGAAGUUGAUGAUGUCUUCUCCUGAAAUUGCUUCCCUUUCAUGGGGUCAAAUGAUGGUGAAGGGUUGUUCUACAACUUAUAAGGACUGCAAAGUUUGGCCAGGAGGGAGCCGAACCUGGGAUUGGAGAGAAACAGGCACAAAUCACUCUCCAGGUGUGCAGCCAGCUGAUCUUGAAGAAGUUGUCAAGAAGGGAGUUAAAACAUUAGUGAUCGGCCGUGGCAUGAGCGAGGCCUUGCAGGUACCAGCAUCAACAGUGGAGUAUCUCAAGAAAAAUGGGAUUGAUGUGCUAGUCCUGCAAACAGAGAAAGCUGUAAAGGAGUACAAUGCACUAGUUGCUCAAGGUGUCAAAGUGGGAGGUGUCUUCCAUUCAACAUGCUAAUGCAUAUAACAAUACAGUCCUCUCCCCCUUAGCCAAAAAAUUUGUGCCUUUUAAUUGAAUAAAUGAUAGCAGUCAGUAUUGUGGAUUUAUAGUUCAUAUUCAUUUCCCUCCAUACCAAAGCCUGGAUGUGAGAUGAAGAUCUAAAACAGUGAAGAGAAAUAUAGCAGUAUAGAAUCUAAAUGAAUCUCAUUGCUCACAAAUGUUUUUCACAGUGCUGGAUAUGGUAGACAAUUUAAUCAUGCUUCUCAACACUUGUGAUUUCGACCUAAUCCUCUAGGCCUGAAGAGGUAAUUCAUCCUCUGACUGUUAAUGUUUGGCGUAGCUGCUGAAGUAAAAUAGUUACACUUUAGAAACCUGUUUGAAAAGAAAUCACAUCGCAGAUAAUCUCCUGAUUUGUAGUAGCUAUUGGAUGAUCACAUUUAUUCACUACCAUCGGGUAUCAAAUUUGAAAGCAACCAGCCCACUUUUCAGUGCUGUAUAGAAAAAGAGGGAAAGCUAUGCCUUCCAUUGCCAAUGUCUUGAGCUGUCUAAACUCUUAGCAGUGCGCACAGAGUGAAAUAAUGGUAGAUUUGCUUCUUGGAGAGGAUUUUAUUUUCAUAACUUAGCAUUUGUAAAUUUUACAUUACACAAAAACAAAUCACUGGGAACUAAAGAAAAGAUAACCCUAAUAGUGAGAGAGGGGGCACUAUGUAGUGAUGUGUACUAGUACACAUCAAUAAGGAAAACCCCCUAACAUACAGUAUUUGGAAUGUGUCUACUGCAAGCCCUGGGUUUAUAGUUAAUGGAAAUGAAAGCUAGUAAGCAGCACAUUAGACUAGCCCAUCAUUGCUAAUGAGCUGGGGAAUGGAGGUUGCAUUUUUUAGAUCCAGUGCUAUUGGUUGAACAUUAAACACAUGCAUAGAUUUUUAAUAAAAGCUGCAGAUUUUAAACCUAAUUUAAUGGCGCCUGUCUUUUUCACUUCUAUCUUGUGCUGGAUUUACUGUGGCAUAUGCUCAAUUAAAAAUUACUGGUAAGGUUUUGUUCCACAAGGACUGUUAGCUAUUAUUUAAGUCUGCAUAUUGUAUGUAUUACAAUAGGACAGAGAGGAUACUGGAAGGGCCUACUGUGAUAAGUACAGUACAGUCUGUCGAAACAACUCUACCUGAAUCCUAUUUUUGGAAAGUAUUCCCUUCAGCUGGUUCGCUUUUCUCCUUUUUUAUUAAUUAAAUGUAAAUGAUUUAAUUGAGGAAAUAAGAGGAAGAACUAGUAUGUGUGAAAAACUUAAUUUUCAUUUCUUUUAAUUAUAAUAAUAUUCUUCAACACUAGGGCUAUAUUGAGACAAUAACUCAUCUAAAACAGCAGGAGCUUCUUUCUGGGUGUAUUUGCACUCAUUGUCACAGCAGCCAGUAUAAUUAGUAGAUGAUUAUUCACACUAUAAAUGCUGUAACAUAAUUCUGGCUAGUUGGUGUGGUAAGCAAUAAAAGACUGAACACUGACCUAGAGGCAUUAGCUUUCUGAGGGAUGGCUUUAGCUCUCUUAGGGAUGUAAAGCUCUUCUCUACAAAGACUGUACGAAUUAAGAAAAAGGCACAACCCCGCCACAGUUUUGGCUGAAACCACACAUGACAGAGCAGCAGCACAGCCCUGGCUCCUACUGCAGCUGUGAGGGAGUCACAGCCCCAUCUCUGGCCAAAGCCACCAAAAGCUGAUGCCAAAGUUACAAAGCUCCCGAAAAAACACAGAAUGUGACUUCCCCAAAAUCCCUUACCAAAUGUGGCUGAACUGUUAUCAGAUCAGGAAUCAUUGGGGAUGUCUAUGCUGCAGCUGGGAGUGAGCUUCCUAGACCUGGUAAAAAGACUUGAACUAGCUAGGCUGGAGUUAACAUGCUACAACUUGCAGGAAACCCAUCCAAUCACCUGGGUGACUAGCCUGAGCCACCAGCUAAGCUACAACAUCUCCCAUGCUAUUGUCAGCACAUCAGUGUGACUGCAGCUAACACAAGUCUGUUUAGCCAGUCCCAGAGGACUGUUUUACAGCUGCAGUGCAGAUAGUCCCAUUGUGUCAACUAACCAGCAAACUAAGAACACAAAAUGUGCCACACAGUCAACCAAUGGUCCAGCUGACCCUCAUUUCCUGUCUCAGACAGUGGCCAAUACCAGAGCUUCAAGGCAAGCAUAGAGAACAGAGCAAUUUUGGAGCUUUUAAUUAUUAAGUAGGCCCCACUUCCUUAAACAUUCCACAUGGGCAGCUUUGUUAAAUUGCUAUUUCUGUCCAAAACAGCUAUCUUUCAAAAGCCAAACAUCUCAAAUACCAGAUUGCAAGUAUGAACUCUCCUGGCAGGGCUCUCAGCCACAUAAACAGCCUCUCUUCUCCCUCCCGUCUCCAGCUCAGUUAGCAAGAAUCUGCCUCCCAGCAGGCUGUGAACACCGCCCCCAGCAAAUUCUGUAGCUCAGAGCUGUUUCUGGGCUCAGUGCCAGCAAGACUCCAUCCCAGCUCCUACUGCCACAAGUUGCUCAGCCUCCAUCCCUUAUCUUUGUGAGGCAAGGUGCAGGAUCACGCAGAAGGGAGAGGCAAGACAAGGCACACUCUCUCUGCACCACCCUUAUUGAGACCUGUACUGCAUUACCACACCUCUGCACCUGUGCUGAUUCCUCUUAGCCAAGACAUAACAGAGGAUUACCACUAGAAUAUCUCAGGACUAGUCAGUCACCUAGGAUUAAAUAUCUUCCUACUUUGGAAUUUGUUUUCAAGCAAAAUGAAAUGGAAGAUUUGUUACCUGCCAGCCUCAUGGAGCACCCAGAUCUUUCUGCCACAAAACACAGGAACAAGAAUUUUCUUCAGUAUUGACUUGAAUUCAUCAUGAUUUGAGAGCAAGGCUCAUGGAGUAAUUACACCAGGACAUCCUGGCCCUAGAAAGUUCUAUGGGUUGCUGAAGAUGUUUUAAGGGCUUCUAAAAUUCUCUGUGGGGUCUUUUGGGAAGAAACCACCCUUACGCAACAGACUACUGUCCCUUAAAUGGAAUGCCAUGGCUGCAUCAAACCAGGGAAGAGUCAGAAGGGACUGCCAGGAAUUUGUCAGCUGCUUCCCACUCCUCCCUAAUGACCUCAAUGAAGAGGAAUGGUCUGUUUUAGUUUUCAAGAGGAGGUUAUCUGCCCUUGGCUUUAGGCUGCUCAGCCUCCCUGUGCUGGCCACUAUAUUCAUCUAUAUUGCUUCAAAUGUAUCCAGGAAAACCUCCUGCUGGUCUGGCUGAGUAUUAUUAUGAUCUGAAACCAAAGGCCUCAUGAGCAAGAGCUCAUUUGAUGCUUAGCCUUUUGGGUUCUCUUUUGCCUCUUGUAAGACAACUCCUCAUCCUCAGAAGAGAUCCAUCUCUUUCUUAGCCAGCACCAGGGCGGGGGUCUCCAAGCUGAAAGGUACACAAAGUCAGAGAAUUGAAGGACUGAAAGCACAAGAGCUGCUGUAAUGCCAGAAGUGAUAAUGGUUAAGUCCCUAUGCUUCAAGGCUGGAGGGUCUCCAGUAUUUCCCAUGAUCAGAGCCCAAACGCCUCAACACUGAGGCAAAAAGGGAUCCAGAAAAAUAUUUACCCCAAAGAGCAUAAAAAACCAUGAAGUCAGUAUCCUAAAAGAAAUCGUCUAGUAAGGCCUUGUCUACACUAACCCCUGCCAUCAAUCUAAUCUAUGUGAUUUCAGCUGCGCAGCUGAAGUAGACAUACUUACUACAGCAUCUUAUGUGCUGUAAUGUCAGCAGGGGCUGUUGUCCCAUUGAUGCUAGCUACACUUCUCAUUCUGGUGGAGUACCAGCAUUGAUGGGAGAGCACUUGGAAAUAAAUGUAUCACAUCUAAGUGAUAUACAUCAACAGCCAAAUGGGUCAAUUGCUGCAGCAUCGAUCUCUAGUAUAGUGGAAACAAGCCCUAAGUUAGCAGGUGUUCUAAGAACACUCAGAAAAUGAAGGAUAUAAUUGGAGGAGCUGGACAAAUCAGAAUUCUGUGAAGAAAAAUGUCUGAAAAUAACCUUCAGAAUAGGCUAAGCAGGAGGGAAUAGUAACAGCACCAAAAGAGAGGGAGUUCUGAUAGCAAACUAUAAAAUAAGUGAGAAUGCAGUGCAAACAAGAAGGCA